GCGCGGCGUAGCUAUCUGUCUCAUCCUCGGAGAAAUGAGUGACUGACUUUACCUUCCAGGAACAAGAAGUGGUUUCAGUUUCAUCUUUUUUUCACCGUCUAGGAUACUUGUGUUUGGGUUUGCAACUUCUUCAGCUUCACCUGUUAUUCACGUCGAAUGUCAAACAAAUAGCCUAGGCUAUAAAAACAAAACGCAACCGCGGAGGAAAAGUGUUUUCGUUGGCAACCGAACAUCUGGCUGGACAUUUGUGACAGUUUCUCAGAAGAUGUGUCUUCAUUCGAUUUACUUUUACCAGACUGACUUUUGAUAAGCACUGACUCGUCUCGAAUAAGUCAGAGACAAACAAUGGCAUCAAUGAACUGACAAGAUAUCAAAUUAGCCUUUUGAAACAGGAUGAAUAUAAUUUUUCAACUUCUAUAGAUAGGCAGGUUUUCCCCCAAUUAUGAACAGUAAACCGUCGCUCAGGACUUGUCUUCUUCAUUUUAAAUUGUCUGCCUUCUGUUCACAAAAAUAGAAAUGUUUUGUUUCUUCAAACCCCGAGGAUAUUCCAGGACCAGGAAGGGGUCUCGAAAUGGGACAAUAUCCCGACACUCCUCCAACUCAACAUCAAGGCUAUACUUUCCUAUUAUUCUUCUGCUUCUCAUCUUCACACCUAGAGUGGAUUCUUCCUGGUGGUACAUUGGAGCCCUGGGUGCACGGGUGAUCUGUGACAACAUUCCAGGCCUGGUGAACAAGCAGCGCCAGCUGUGUCAGCGCCACCCGGACCUCAUGCAGUCUAUUGGGGAGGGUGCCAAGGAGUGGAUCCGCGAGUGCCAGCACCAGUUCCGUCACCAUCGCUGGAACUGCAGCACGCUGGACCGAGACCACACUGUCUUUGGCAGGGUCAUGCUGCGCAGUAGCCGGGAGGCAGCGUUUGUGUACGCAAUCUCCUCGGCAGGCGUGGUCUAUGCAAUUACCAGAGCCUGCAGCCAGGGGGACCUCAAGGUCUGCAGCUGCGACGCCCACAAGCGGGGCCAGGCUAGUGACGACAGGGGCGAAUUUGACUGGGGCGGCUGCAGCGACAACAUCAACUAUGGCAUCAAGUUCACCAAGACGUUUGUUGAUGCCAGGGAAAAGAUGGUGAAGGACGCUCGGGCACUGAUGAAUCUACACAACAACCGCUGUGGACGAAUGGCAGUGAAGCGCUUUAUGAAACUGGAGUGCAAGUGUCAUGGCGUCAGCGGCUCCUGCGCCCUCAGAACCUGCUGGCUGGCCAUGUCGGACUUCCGGAGGACCGGGGACUACCUCCGGAAGAAGUACAACACGGCCAUCGAGGUGACCAUGAACCAGGAUGGCACAGGGUUCAUGGUGGCUGACAAGGACGUCAAGGGAACCACUAAGAAUGACCUGGUGUAUGUAGAAAACUCCCCUGACUACUGCCUCAUGGACAGAGCAGCAGGCUCCCUGGGAACGUCAGGGAGAGUCUGCAACAAGUCUUCUAGAGGCACAGACGGCUGCGAGGUCAUGUGUUGCGGACGGGGCUAUGACACGAUGCGUGUCAAGCGAGUCACCAAGUGCGAGUGCAAGUUCAAGUGGUGUUGUGCCGUUGAGUGUAAGGACUGUGAGGACACGGUGGACGUUCACACCUGCAAGCCCCACAAGCGACCCGAUUGGCUGGACCUAACCUGACGCUGAGGCCCGGCCUUUCAAAGGACGUAGCAGUGGCCAACUGCAUUGUGGGAUAUGUAUUCCCUACCCCUGACUCCUUUCUGACCUCCAUUACCUCUGGCAUGGUUCUCAUCUGACAACCCCUUCUAAAGUGACAUCCUAAAGAACCUUUCCCAAGGUGCCAUAUCCCAAGUUGGUUUGGAUGGUGCAGUACUGUAUGGGACUGUUCUGUGGGAAGGCUGCUUAAGAGAAUGGUUGGGCCGGGAGAGGGGAUAGUUCCUAUUUACGUUUAUGUUUGUUUGUGUUGAUCUGGGAAAAUACUAUUGUGUGCUGCUUCCAAGGUGUUGAGGACACUUCAUUUCUACAGACAUUCAUUCACACAGUAUCUGUUGUCGAAAUGUGGAACAGGACAUUAUACUGUGAGCACACCAGAGAUUGAGUUAGGAUUGUUGGGUGGUGUAUGUGUUGUUGUUUUUUGAACUGAAAUUGUACUCUGCUUGAUAUAAUGGAAAGACUGACUUGUAUUCAGUUGUUAGGAGAGUGAACCCCCCCCAAAAAGGACAUCAUACCUUAACCUACUGGUAAAGUGAAUUGGAAUGGAUGUACAGCAGAAAGUUGCACCAAGUCUAACAAUCAACUUUUACCGCAGGCCAGAGAGCUGCUCUAUGGACACUAAUGUAGCUAAAUAUGGAGCAAAGAAAUUCAUUUAAACAAAUGUUUCUAUUAUAAGAGUUAAGUGAAACAGACAUUGUGGUGGACUGAGAUGGAUAGUAUGUCUCCUCUCUCUUCAGUGUGACAGGUACUCUUACAGUAUGUGUUAUCAAUCUAUUAUUGUACAUGUUCCUAAAUGUAUACGGUGUGAUGGACGGGAGCUGUCAUCUCUUGCUCAUUAUUUUUCACUGGUUUCCGAUUACUGACGCUGCUAGCUUCUAUAUCUCCGAAGUUAUCAUUCUCACUUUGGGGCACUUUUAUUCUGCAUCCGUAUGCAACACUACAGCCAUUUCACUGUCAGGGUUGUGUUGUAGGCUACAGGUGGUUCUGGGUUGUGUUGUAGGCUACAGGUGGUUCUGGGUUGUGUUGUAGGCUACAGGUGGUUCUGGGUUGUGUUGUAGGCUACAGGUGGUUCUGGGUUGUGUUGUAGGCUACAGGUGGUUCUGGGUUGUGUUGUAGGCUACAGGUGGUUCUGGGUUGUGUUGUAGGCUACAGGUGGUUCUGGGUUGUGUUGUAGGCUACAGGUGGUUCAGGGUUGUGUUGUAGGCUACAGGUGGUUCUGGGUUGUGUUGUAGGCUACAGGUGGUUCUGGGUUGUGUUGUAGGCUACAGGUGGUUCUGGGUUGUGUUGUAGGCUACAGGUGGUUCUGGGUUGUGUUGUAGGCUACAGGUGGUUCUGGGUUGUGUUGUAGGCUACAGGUGGUUCAGGGUUGUGUUGUAGGCUACAGGUGGUUCAGGGUUGUGUUGUAGGCUACAGGUGGUUCUGGGUUGUGUUGUAGGCUACAGGUGGUUCUGGGUUGUGUUGUAGGCUACAGGUGGUUCUGGGUUGUGUUGUAGGCUACAGGUGGUUCUGGGUUGUGUUGUAGGCUACAGGUGGUUUAGGGUUGUGUUGUAGGCUACAGGUGGUUCUGGGUUGUGUUGUAGGCUACAGGUGGUUCUGGGUUGUGUUGUAGGCUACAGGUGGUUCUGACCGAUCUGGGAGAAAUUAAGGACUUUGUGAAACUAGGCCAUGAUGUUACACAACGUAGAGGAGCUGAGAACCAGAAUUGAACAUUCAAAUCAACAUUCAGAAAUGCACGUAGGCCUAUAGGGAGUCAGGCCAUUGGAGACUGGACAAAUGGUACAAAGUUUGAACCACAUGGAACCCAAGAUUGAACAAAAUCAGUAAAAUCCAUGCGAUGAUCAUAACUACUUUGUAAGCUGAAUGAGGCUUCAGUUUACGUAAAAAAUAUCAACAUUUUCAAGUGUAAAUGGUAAUUGAUAUGAUUUUAAUGCAAUGUUCUCGAACGGUUGGGAGUCGUGGGCCAAGUUGUACUGUAAUGUUAGUUGAAGGGUUAUUGUCACCUUGGGGAGGACCCCAAAAUACCACACUUGUUCUAUAUUAAACCUUGUUGAUCCUUCA